AUGACCGUCGCCAAAGCCGUUAUUAGCUCGAGCUUGAGCAACAGCAGCAGCAGCAGCAGUAACACUAAUAUCACGUACCAAUGGGGAGGCCAAAGAUGUUGGAGACCCAUUUCUCUCCCAAUCCCAAAACCCAACUCCCAGAAUCUGACAAUCACCACCAGAAACCGCUCCUUACUAAUUCCCAGGGCCUCUGGAGCUCCCUCUGAAAGCAACAAUGGCGGCAGCAGCAGCAAUAAAACCAAAACCAAGAACAAAACCAUUGAUCUUCCUCCGUCCGCUUCUUCUUCUGGUAACGAGAAAAUUGAUACCAGUAAUAAGAUUCAAGAAGAGCAAGAGCAAAAGCAGAAUCAGCAGCGGAGAUUGGACCUGGUAGACGUGAACCCAGUUGGGCUCGGUCGAAGAUCGCGCCAACUGUUUGAUGAAGUGUGGCGCAAGUUCUCUGGACUCGGGCAGAUCUCGAGAACCAGUCGUGCCGAUGAAAGAGACGCGCUUGACGCUCUUCUCAUCAGGGAAGGACCCAUGUGCGAGUUCGUCAUUCCCGGCGCCCAAAACACCACCGUUUUGGUCAUCGGAGCCACUUCAAGCAUUGGCCGCAUAGUGGUCCGCAAGCUCAUGCUCAGAGGCUAUACUGUUAAGGCUCUGGUGAGGAAGGCUGAUCAGGAAGUGGAGGAUAUGUUGCCGAGAUCUGUGGAGAUUGUGACUGGGGAUGUGGGCGGGGAUCUCUACAGGGUUGAUAACAGGGGGGUCUACAACCUCACCAAAGCAUUUCAGGACUACAACAACAAAAUGGCACAAUUACGAGCAGGGAAAAGUAGUAAGAGCAAGCUUACAAUUACGAAGUUCAAGUCUCCAGAGUCAGUUGAUGGAUGGGAAGUUCGUCAGGGGACUUACUUCCAGGAUGUGGUUUCUUCCAAGUAUGAUGGAGGAAUGGAUGCUAAGUUUGAGUUCACUUUUACCGGAGAUGCUGUUUUCUCAGGAUAUGUUUUCACCAGGGGAGGGUAUGUUGACCUGUCGAAGAAACUUUCACUUCCUUUGGGUCGUACUCUUGACAGGUACGAAGGUCUAGUUCUUUCUGUUGGCGGGAAUGGAAGGUCUUACAUAUUAAUUCUUGAAGCUGGUCCAUUAGCAGAUACAUCUCAAAGUAAAUUAUACUUUUCUAGAUUCAGCACAAAAGCAGGAUUCUGUAGGGUCAGAGUACCAUUUUCAUCAUUCCGCCCCGUGAAACCAGAUGAUCCACCAUUAGACCCAUUCCUAGUACAUACAUUAACCAUACGUUUUGAGCCCAGAAGACAGAAAGCUGUUGAAUCACGUACAGGGGUGAAGCAAGACCCAAGAAGCUUUAAGCUUAUUCUGGAAUACAUAAAAGCUUUGCCAACUGGACAAGAAACGGACUUCAUUUUAGUUUCAUGUACGGGAUCAGGAAUAGAACCAACUAGAAGGGAGCAGGUUCUUAAAGCCAAGAGGGCUGGAGAAGAGUCAUUGCGAAAAUCAGGACUUGGAUACACAAUCAUUCGUCCUGGUCCCCUAAAGGAAGAACCAGGUGGACAACGUGCUCUCAUAUUUGAUCAAGGAAACAGGAUUUCUCAGGGGAUCAGCUGUGCUGAUGUAGCUGACAUCUGUGUGAAGGCAUUGCAUGAUUCAACUGCAAGGAACAAAAGUUUUGAUGUAUGCUAUGAAUACAUUGCCGAUCAAGGGAAAGAACUUUAUGAGCUGGUAGCACAUUUGCCUGACAAAGCCAAUAACUAUCUGACACCGGCACUGUCGGUUCUAGAGAAGAAUACCUGA